UGUUGGCGCAAUCUAUUUAACUCUGUUAAACCUUUCUCGCCAUAUUCGUUAUUUGAAACAUAACAUAAUACUUGUUGGAAUAAUUCCUGGACCAUCUGAACUAUCAGUAACAGAAAUUCAUCAUUAUCUAGAACCAAUAGUACAUGAAUUAGAGUUAUUGUGGAAAGGAGUAACUGUAAAAACCACCAGAUAUCCACAAGGUCAUCUAUUUCGGGGUGCUUUAAUUCUUAUUGCAUGUGAUACACCUGCAGCAAGAAAGGUAUCUGGUGUAUCCCCGCUUGACAAUGAAAUGCACAAACAAUUUGCCUUUAGUUGGAGAAAUGGAAGUAAAGCUGGACAGACUCGUAUAUUUGCAGAAUAUGGAAUCCGAUAUUCACCAUUGGUCAAGCUACCUUAUAUGGAUCUUAUACGCUUUGUCGUUAUAGAUCCUAUGCACAAUUUGUAUCUUGGAACGGCAAAAAGGAUGACACAUUAUUGGACGGAUACCUCAAAGAAAUUCAAGAAAUCAUUGAUACCAAUCCACCACCUUCGUAUUCCACACAAGAUUGCUGCAGGCUUUUCAUCAUUCACAGCUGAUCAAUGGCAUGUUUGUUUGUGCGAAUGCUUUGUGGGGCAACGAAUCAUAACUGUUGAGGACAUUCGAAGAGGCCAUGAUUUUAUGCUACAAUUCUUGCAUCUUACCGAAUCUCUUUGUGGUCCAGAAUUAUUACACCAAAUAUGUACAUGCACACACAUCUACACGAAUGCUUGGAAGACUAUGGCCCAAUUUAUGGUUUUGGUGUUUCUGAUACGAGCGAAUGAAUGGCGAAUUCGAAGUAUCAAAGAUUACGCCAAGAAUUUCACAAACAAUGGCGACCAAGCUAGGUCAUUUACAAUCACGUGCCAAGAUAUCGGUUGGGAGUUUAGGAUAGCAUCAAUUUCGGUACAAGCUGCGCUUGAUUUUCCAUGUGAUCCUAAACCAGAUCAAAAUGCAAUCCGUGUGAGUAAUAUGGUGGAAUGUUUUGCUGCAAUUCAAUUGGGAGACGAGAUCUUAGGCUCACGAGUUUCACGCUCCGACCUGAGUCCUUAUGUCAUUAUUUCUUGUAUCGAUGAAAUACGAAGAGCUGGUGAGAUUGUUAGAUCCGUGUAUCAUUGGCCCGCGCAAGGAUGUAUUAUUUUAAGCACUGUGUCUUUACCAAAGGAAACGAAUUCUGAUCAAACAAAUUCAAGUUCUACAGAACAUUGA